AUGGAACACCAUAAGGUUCUUUGGUGGACCAUUCUGUCUAAUGCCCUCCCAAUUCGAUCUAUUAUUCAUAAAAAGUUUCAUAUUGAUGAUGCGAGUUGCCCUAUUUGUGGGGUUGAGGACGAAUCUAUGGAACAUUUGUUCCUCAAGUGUGAUUUGGCUUUCCAUCUGUGGCCAUCCUCGCCGUGGGGUAUUUUUCCUGUUUUAGGUACAGGUGUCCGCAUGUGGGACUGGGUCAAAUUCAUCUGGAAUCUAAAUUCUAAAGGAGUAAAUGCUGAUGAGGUCUUUUUGUAUGCUUCAAUUGUCGUUGAUACUAUUUGGAGGGUCCGCAAUGAUAAGGUACACAAUAAUAAUUUGGAUAAUGUGAAGCGCUGUAUCGACUAUAUUCAUCACUCCUUUGCAGAUUAUAGAGCUUUCCUCCUUCCUACUCCUACUUCGAUUGUGGUGGAAGCUUGGCAUCCUCCCCCUCAUGAUUGGAUUAAACUGAACUGCGACGUAAAAGUGGGUUUGGAAAGCAUGAGUAUUGCGAUAGUAACUAGAAACCAUGAAGGUGAGGUGGCUUGGGUAAGAACAGCAAAGUUGGACUUUUCUGAUGCCCUUUGUGAAAAGGCUGAGUGUUGUUUGGCCCUAGACAAGGCCAAGGAAAAAGGAUGCAUGUUCAUUAUUGUGGAGAGCGACUUAAGGGUAGUGAUCAAUUUUCUCAAUGGCAAGGAGACUCAAUGGGAAGUUAAAAAUUACUCUUCAUUUUGUAAUAGUCUUUCUCCUUAUUUUGUGGGGUGUGUAUUUUCUUGUAUUGGUCGAUCAUGUAAUUUUGUUGCUUAA